GGGGACCAGAGCAGAAGCGGUCCUCACAGCACCCAGUCUCUGCUUGAGCUCCCGCUUCUUCUUUGCCGCUGGGCCUCGGCCCAGGAGCCACGACGGGCGACACGGAGCCGCCAGUGCUGGAGGGGGAGCCGUGGGUGCGGGGCAGCGUGGGGGCCGAGGCCCCGGGACGCCCGCCCGGCCCCAGGCCCCGUUCAGCCCGGGCGCCCCCACGGGUGCCCCCCCCUUCUUGGUCCGAGCAGUGUGAGUGUGCCCGGGAGCCCGGCGGCGGCGGCGGCGGUGGCGGCGGCGGUGGCGGCGGCGUGGAAACCGGCGUGGGCUGGGGGGUCCGAGCCGCGGGGGGCAGUGCCAUGCACAAGCACCAGCACUGCUGUAAGUGCCCUGAGUGCUAUGAGGUGACCCGCCUGGCCGCCCUGCGGCGCCUCGAGCCUCCGGGCUACGGGGACUGGCAGGUCCCCGACCCCUACGGGCCAGGUGGGGGCAACGGCGCCAGCGCGGGUUAUGGGGGCUACAGCUCGCAGACCUUGCCCUCGCAGGCGGGGGCCACCCCCACCCCUCGCACCAAGGCCAAGCUCAUCCCCACCGGCCGGGAUGUGGGGCCGGUGCCUCCUAAGCCAGUCCCGGGCAAGAGCACCCCCAAACUCAACGGCAGCGGCCCCAGCUGGUGGCCAGAGUGCACCUGUACCAACCGGGACUGGUAUGAGCAGGUGAAUGGCAGCGAUGGCAUGUUCAAAUAUGAGGAAAUUGUACUUGAGCGGGGCAACUCUGGCCUGGGCUUCAGUAUUGCAGGUGGCAUCGACAAUCCCCAUGUCCCUGAUGACCCUGGCAUCUUUAUUACCAAGAUUAUCCCUGGUGGAGCAGCUGCCAUGGAUGGGAGGCUGGGGGUGAAUGACUGUGUGCUGCGGGUGAAUGAGGUGGACGUGUCGGAGGUGGUACACAGCCGGGCGGUGGAGGCGCUGAAGGAGGCAGGCCCUGUGGUGCGAUUGGUGGUGCGGAGGCGACAGCCUCCACCCGAGACCAUCAUGGAGGUCAACCUGCUCAAAGGGCCCAAAGGCCUGGGUUUCAGCAUUGCUGGGGGUAUUGGCAACCAGCACAUCCCAGGAGACAACAGCAUCUACAUCACCAAGAUCAUUGAGGGGGGUGCUGCUCAGAAGGAUGGACGCCUACAGAUCGGGGACCGGCUGCUGGCGGUGAACAACACCAAUCUGCAGGAUGUGAGGCACGAGGAAGCUGUGGCCUCACUGAAGAACACAUCUGAUAUGGUGUAUCUGAAGGUGGCCAAGCCAGGCAGCCUCCACCUCAACGACAUGUACGCUCCCCCUGACUACGCCAGCACUUUUACUGCCUUGGCUGACAACCACAUAAGCCAUAACUCCAGCCUGGGUUAUCUCGGGGCUGUGGAGAGCAAGGUCAGCUACCCUGCUCCUCCUCAGGUUCCCCCCACCCGCUACUCUCCUAUUCCCAGGCACAUGCUGGCUGAGGAGGACUUCACCAGAGAGCCCCGCAAGAUCAUCCUGCACAAAGGUUCCACAGGCCUGGGCUUCAACAUCGUAGGAGGAGAGGAUGGAGAAGGCAUUUUUGUCUCCUUCAUCCUGGCAGGAGGCCCAGCUGACCUGAGUGGGGAGCUGCGCAGGGGAGACCGCAUCUUAUCGGUGAAUGGAGUGAAUCUGAGGAAUGCAACUCAUGAGCAGGCUGCAGCUGCUCUGAAACGGGCCGGCCAGUCAGUCACCAUUGUGGCCCAGUACAGACCUGAAGAAUACAGUCGCUUUGAAUCGAAGAUACAUGACUUGCGAGAACAAAUGAUGAACAGCAGCAUGAGCUCUGGGUCUGGGUCCCUCCGAACAAGUGAGAAGAGGUCCUUGUAUGUCAGGUAA